GCUUCAAAAUUAUGCCUUAAUCCACUCAUGAUAGCACUUUCAAACCUUCUAAGUUGAAACACACGCACUCUUAUCUCUCUAUCUCUCUCUCUCUCUCUCUCCCUCUCUUGAUCCUUGUUCAGGUGAUCAUCUCUCUAUUCUCUAAUGGAGAAAAGCGUGUCUCCACCAUCGGAUCUGAAAACCGUCUCCCCGCCAUCGAAAUCACCACCGCUUGCGUCUCCUCGAACGUCCGAUCAUCUUCACACUCAACAGUUUGCCUCCAAUUUCACCACAUUGUAUCAUUCCAUUUUCCCGCCAAAACCAUCUCCGCUUCCUUCUUCUAUCUCCUUUUCAUUAACCCCUUCCACCUCCUCCCCGUCCUCCACUGCCACCACUAAUGAUUUUAAUACUGAGCACCGCCUUCACCAGGCGCGUCUUAUUUUGGAGUAUGAAGAGCUUUGCGACCACUACGAGCUCGCUGUCGCUCGCCUCCAAGUUUUGACAAACGAGAUCGACUCGCUUCGCCAAGAGAAUGCCGAUCUCAGAUUCACCAAUAAUGAGCUGGUUAAGAUUCUCAGCUUAUCUUCUCAGGCCGCGAUUCAAAGCCGCUUUACCAGCCGCGAGAUGGUUGAGCCGAACCGUUUCGAGAGGAAUACAGAGCGAGUCUCGUUGCCGAAGAGCAUUUCUGUCCGGUCUAGUGGUUAUCUUAAAACAAAUCGAGCCAGUGCAAGCAAUGGUGGCGGUCAGAGUAGCACCUCAAAUAGGCCGCGAGUUCCGAGUCAUCUCGAUCAAUUCGUCCCUGGAUCGGCGCAGCAUCGAGUGUGCGUGCCAGGACGAGGGAAGAAGGAGGACGCAGCCGUGGAGUUAGACGUGUACAAUCAAGGGAUGUGGAAGACAGAGCUGUGCAACAAAUGGCAGGAGACUAGCACGUGUCCUUACGGCGACCAUUGCCAAUUUGCUCACGGAAUUACAGAGCUGCGUCCCGUUAUAAGGCACCCAAGGUACAAGACUCAGCUUUGCAGGAUGGUUCUCGCCGGUGAAGUAUGUCCCUAUGAUCAUAGGUGCCACUUUCGCCACUCUCUUACUGAGCAGGAGAGGCUAAUGGGUCCACGUUGAUCUGUUUUUCUUGAUGGGGAAAGGGAAAUGUAAAGAUUAAGGAAAUGCCAAAGGGGAUGUAUAAUCAAUAUAUGAUGUAACUAAUAAAAAUGGGUAAAACAAGAGAGAUGAGAACUUAUAAAUGAGGAGGAUAAAUAUAUUAAGAAGAUAUAAUAAUUAGUAAAAUGGGGUAAUAAGAGUUAAAACUUUUCUCCGAGAGGUUUAAGUCGCAAGUCAGAGAAAUUGGAUAUUCCUGAUUGUUGUAGGAAAUAUUUCUGAAUUCUGAUGUGAAGCUGGUUGGGAUAGGUCAUGAACAACCUCCAAAACUAGACCAAACUUCAAGCCUGUAAUGAUGAUAUUUUGUUGUGCAAUGCUAAGCAACCUUCAUUUCAAGUUAGUUAUGUUCUCCCUCCUUAAACUCUCACUCUCACACACCGACACAGUCACCAA